UCAAAAACAAUACAUUUUCUUGGGGUCGGUAUAUUUCUAGGCAUACGUCACCCUUAUCAAAAUCAUUAAAAGUUUUCUGUUGAUAAAAAAGUAGGUAGAUAUCAUAAAUUAUUAAUAUUAAAAUAAUAGAACUUUUAUUCACUCAUACGUAGUUUACUUUUGUUAAUUAUUGUUUUUAGAACGUUUUUAUAUAAAUUUUCAAAAGAAAUUUGUUUAAUGUAAUGGAAACGAGCAUUAAAUUGCCAAAUAUUUCGCCGGAAGUUAGUGCGAAUGUAUUUUCAAAAUUAUUUUUUUGUUGGGUGCUGCCAUUUUUGAAAUAUGGAUCCAACCACACUCUUCAAAAUAGAGAUAUUUACGACACGCUUGAUGAAGAUUCUGCUAAUAUAGUUACCGAAGAAUUAGAAAAAAAUUGGAAUUAUGAACUGAAAAAAUCUAGAAUAAAGAAUCGAUGUCCGUAUUUAAAGAAAACAUUAUUAUAUACAUUUGGAUACUCAUUUUUGUUAUACGACCUGUUUUUAUUUAUCCAAACUAUUUUCAUAAGAGUACUGCAUCCAAUAGUUUUAGCAGAAUAUAUUAGGCAUUUUGAGAAGGACGUUUCCGAUCAAGCACUGGUCUACUAUUUUGCUGCCGUUAUAAUUGGUUUGGCACUUCUCAACAAUUUGAUAUACCAUCACUGCUUUGUCGGAUGUGCUCGUAUCGGAACUCGAGCGAAAGUAGCAUGUUCAAAUUUAAUCCAGAAAAAGGUUUUGAAACUGAGCCAAUAUUCUUUGAGUAGGAUCUCACCGCAGCGUUUGGUAAAGUUGGUCUCCGAAGAUGUGAAAAAAAUUGAAUCAGUUGCUCCUUAUUUACAAUAUUUGUAUAUAACACCACUGCAGUUUUUAUCAUCAACCUAUAUUUCGUUUCACAUGAUUGGGCUUUCAUCUUUGGCAGGAUUAUGUUUUAUGUUGUUUAUGACAAUACCUCAAGGUUAUAUGUCAGUUUUACAAAGAGAAAUUCAGUGUCAACUAUCAGUUUAUAUGGACGGUAGGGUUAAGAUCAUGAAGGAAAUUUUGUAUGGAAUUCGAAUAAUAAAAAUGUACGGCUGGGAAAUGCCAUUUAAAAAAAUUAUAGAAAAAACAAGAGCAAAAGAAUUGAACUUUGUGUCCAAAAAGGUCUUCAUUAAAUCCUUCUCAAUAUCUACAGUAAUGUUCACGCAAACAAUUGCGAUAUUUCUGACUUUAACAACACAUAUUUUAUUAGGAAACGAGCUUAAAACAGAAAUAGUUUUUGCAGUAGUUUUGAUUUUUUACAACCUUCAACAGUACGCCUGCUAUUUGUUUCCAGAAGCCAUAGAAAGAUAUCUAGAGGCAAUAUCGGCCAUUUCGAGGAUAGAAAAUUUCUUAACAAUGGAGGAAAAAGAAGAACAAUUGAAAAUUAUAAGCUAUGCAAAAGGAAUGAGAAAACCUGGAACCAUCAGGUUUUUAGAAGCUAGUGCUAAAUGGGGACCUCAGCCAGUAUUACUCAAUGUCACCCUAAAUAUUAGUUAUGGCCACUCUUGCUGUAUUAUUGGACCGUCUGGAUCAGGAAAAUCGACUUUAUUGCAAAUGUUAAUAAAAGAAUUGCCAGCAAUUUCAGGAAGAGUCGAUGUUGUUGGAACUGUUUCUUAUGCUAGCCAAAAACCAUGGCUAUAUUUAUCUACUGUUAAAAACAAUAUUUUAUUUGGCCAACCUUAUAACAGACACAAAUACAGAGAAAUCAUAAAAAUAUGUUUCUUGGAAAAUGAUCUCAAAAAAUUACCAUAUGGCGAUCAGACAUUAACUAACGACAAAUUAUGCGACGAGAAUGGAAUUAAAGAAAAAGUUAAUCUAGCAAGAGCUAUUUAUAAAGAUGCAGAUAUUUAUAUUUUCGACGAUGCUUUCGGAACCAUUGACCACCAGUCUGAGAAAUUCAUAUUUUCAGAAUGUAUUUUGAAAUAUUUGAAAAACAAGACAAGAGUUUUUGUUUCAAAUAAGCUUUAUUAUGCAAAAGAGGCCAAUACAAUCGUCGUUUUAGAAAAUGGUUCCGUAAGCAGAAUUAUAGAAACAGAAGAUUUUUCAGAGGCUGAUUUUCAAUAUUUAAACAAGAAAUUAUCUGUGGAUAAAAAUAGUUUCACAAACCCAUGUUUGUUAGGUAUAAAUGAAGAAGCAGAAGUCAAUAACUCUGAUAUGGAUAAACAAACAUUUGAAUAUUUAACUAGUAAACGGGGAUACUUCAUUACCACUGGAGAAUUUUUUAAAUUAUCUGGUAAAACAUAUUUACUAGAGAUUGUUGUGUUACUAGUUAUUAUUUCUCAAAUUUUGGCUACUUUAUCUGAUUUCUGGUUGGCUCAGUGGAUCCAACAAGGACCCAAAAACAUUUCGGAAACAGUAACAAUUCCUAGCAACGAAACUCAAAACAAAACAUCAGCAUUAAAAAUAGUCUAUAAUACAAUUUUUAACGAUGUACUUUACGGACUCAAUAGUGAAAAUAAGACAAAUGACGAAGGCUUUGAUAAAAAUGAGUGUACGGAAAAAAUUAUAUUUGGAUUAUACGAAAGGGAUUUUUAUAUAUGUUGUUACGCAGGAUUCAUCAUUGGUUGCAUUGUUAUUACAGUUGCCAGAACUCUUCUGUAUCAUACUCUUUGUAUGAAUGCAUCAAGAGUGCUACAUUACAGGAUGUUUGAGAAGGUGUUGUUUUCGCCUAUGAAAUUUUUUGACGCAUUCAGUUCAGAAAGAAUCUUGCAGAGAUUUUCCAGAGAUAUGAAUGUAAUUUACCGUCUGCUUCUCAAAAAUUUUGCAACUUGGCAAAUGUAUACUGCAUUGCUUGGAACAGUAUUAUUAAUAUUAUUUGCUUCUCCAGCAACCAUCCCACCUUUAAUGCUUAUAAUUGUUGUGGUUUACUUUUUGGUAUCUGCAUUUGUGGGGGUUAUACGUGAUAUUCGAAGACUUGAAACCAAUGCUGAACUCCCAAUCUAUUCCUUUUUAACAUCCUCAUUCUACGGUGUCUUUACCAUCCGAUCUGCUGCAGCUGAAGAGCUCAUAGUCGAAGCAUUUGAAAAUUUACUAGACAAAAACACCGGCAUUUGGACUAUGAAUUUGCUAACCAGUGAAUACUUUUGCUUUUACAUGGACUUUUUAACAAUAAUAUUUAUGGGAAUCACAGCUUUUCUUGUCAUUGUUGUAAAAAUUGAUACUUAUUACUACAGUGGAUUUGUGGGGCUAGCAAUAACACAAGGUAUAAUUUUGACAGAAUUACUACAUUUGGGUAUAAGAGAAAGUAUCGAGGCGUUGUGCAGCAACUCUACUGUGGAUAGAAACUUGCAGUAUACCAAAUUAGUAACAGAAAAUGUUGACAACUGUACAAUAGUUCCUAAAAACUGGCCUUAUUGCGGAAAAAUUGUUUUUAAAAAUGUUUAUAUUAAAGACACAGAUCAACAUGGAUCAUUUUUGAAGAAUUUGAACAUUGUUAUUAAGCCAUCAGAGAAGGUAGCCGUGGUGAGUAGAUAUCCUGAAGAAAAAUGGACGAUAGUAACCUGUCUUCUUCGAUUAAUCUCAGUAGAAGGACUUGUAAUGCUUGACGAUGUAGAUACAAGUGCAAUAAGUCUGAAUAAACUGAGAUCUAAUAUCACAGUGAUAACCAGAGAUCCCAUAUUGUUUUCCGCAUCAGUGAGGUAUAAUCUAGAUCCUUUAGAUUACGCAAAUGACGAAAUGUUGUGGAAAGUGUUAGAAGAGGUUGGUCUCAAAACAAGUAUUGAGAGCCUUUCUCAGCCAAUAAUAGAAGGAGGAUUUAAUUUUAGUCAUGGACAAAGACAACUUUUAUGUAUGGCAAGGGCAAUACUUAGACAUAGCAAAGUAUUAAUCAUAGAAAAUAAUCCUAAAAUUGAUUCAAGAACUGAAACUUUGAUCCAAAAAAUAAUUAAAGAAAAGUUUAAAAACUGUACUGUUAUAACCAUCGCCAACAGCCUUGGAACAGUUAUGGAAAACGACAAAAUUCUGGUAAUUGAAGAAGGAAAAGAAGUGGAAUAUGCACAUGCGCAUGAGCUAUUUCAAAAUACCGAUGGAUAUCUUUCUAAUCUUGUGAAGGAGAUGGGACCAAGUACAGAAGAAAAUUUGAAGAAGAUUGCAAAAGAAAAUUUUGAAUCACGGAAUCUCCAGAUUCGAUUUAAAUUUGAAUGAAUACGGUAUUUGGUUUGAAUAUCAAUAUAAUUAUACUUAUAUAUUUUUUUAUUAUACAACACAAACCAAAGUUUAAUAAUGUAACUGAA